UCUGAGAGAGUGUGUGUGUCGGUGUGUGUCGCAGUCUGCUCCGGCUCAGUUGUGUAAUUCACUGAGAGCAUCAGAAGCAGAGAGAGGAGCAGCCAUGGCGCAGGGACUCAAAGAGAGGUUCGAGAAGUUCCUUCAUGAGAAAAACCUCAUGACUGAUGUCCUGGCAAAGAUCGAGGCGAAGACGGGAGUGAGCAGGACGUACAUCGCUUUAGCCGUGGUCGGAGUUAUCGCGAUAUAUUUGGUGAUCGGUUAUGGAGCCUCCCUACUGUGCAACCUCAUCGGCUUUCUUUAUCCUGCCUACAUAUCGAUUAAGGCGAUUGAAAGUACGACUAAAGAAGACGACACUAAGUGGCUGACGUACUGGGUGGUGUACGGCGUCUUCAGCGUGGCUGAGUUCUUCGCUGACAUCUUCCUGUCCUGGUUUCCCUUCUACUAUAUUGGAAAGUGUGCCUUCCUGGUUUGGUGCAUGGCUCCGACUCCCUCCAACGGAUCCACUCAGAUUUAUAACCGCAUCAUCCGACCGUUCUUCCUCAAGAACGAGGCCAAGAUUGACGACGCCAUGAAGAACAUCAAGGACAAGGCGUCAGAGGCGGCCGACAAGUUCAAAGAUGAGGCAAAGAGAGCCACAGCCAACAUCAUCUUUGAGGAGAAGAAGAGUUCAUAGGAAGGAGACGUCUCUGCAGCCCGCUCCUAUCGUCUGCAGCAACUCUGUCACAGAUCUAAUGUUGCCUUUAAAGUGCUCGUUUUUCAGAUGAAAUGUUCUCUGUGUAGCUCGUCUGCUGUAGAAAUAAAGCCAUUCACAGUCAGUUUACCUAUUUAACUUCUGCCUUCAGAGAGAGAGAGUCUGUACGCUGGUCCUCCAACACUUCAUGAACCAAAUAAACAUGAACUGGCUAAAGAAGAAGAAA